AUGAUUGCAGCCGCCGCGCGGCAGCUAGUUGCUGGCAACAAGUGGAUCACCAAAGAGGUCUUCGAUGGCAGACUGGAUCAGAUACGCAGUGAAUAUCUGAAAGAACUGCGACAGAUCCAGGCAAGGUUCGAGGACCAAUCCAGCUCGAAGGCCCUCCAGGGCGUUACCCCCGUGGUGACUGUUUCUUCCAAGCUACCCAAGAUGAUGCUUCAGCACAUACCCAACGAGGCGCCAGACCGACUUGGGACGGCUCCCGCUGGCGGGACACGGCCAAUUCCAGGAAUAGCGCUGCCGCUGAGUGCUCGGAGUGGCGGCUUGCGCCCCUCCACCGUGGACAGCAGGCCACGGAAAGGACGAGAUCGAUGA